AUGGUAGGCCCAAUAGAUAGACUUAAUCAACCCAUGUGGAGCAGGCAAAGAAAUGUGGCAACGAUCCUUGGAUCCGCCAUAGUGAAGCCUAAAUUAGCAGAUAAUUUCAUUGUUAAAGGAAACCACAUGAAAAUGAUUCAAGAAAACCAAUUUGAUGGUAAAUUUCUUUCUGAUCCAUAUAAACAUAUCGCGGAUUUCGAGGAAAUUUGUGAAAUGUUUAAAUAUAGUAGAGACAUGGUAGAACCGGUUAAGCUACGGUUUUUCCCAUUAUCUUUGACAGGGAAAGCUAAACUUUGGUUCAAUGGAUUAGAAGAAGGUUCAAUUGAUUCUUGGGAUGAAAUGAAAAAAGUUUUUGCAAAUAGAUAUUUUCCACCCGGUUUGCAACAAAAAUUGUUUAAUGACAUAAAAACUUUUAAGCAAUACGAAAAAGAAAACUAUAUCAAUUCUUGGAUAAGAUUGAAAAAAUUGCUUAAAAAAUCUUAUGGUCAUGGUCUCGAUAAAGAACAAAUUGUAAACAUAUUUUACAAUGGUCUAGACGAGAAUUCCCAAAUUCUACUUGAUGCGGCUGGUGGAGGAAUAUUUUUAUACAAAAGUGCAAAUGAUGCUUAUCAAGUCAUGGAGGAAAAAGUAAUGAUGAGAAUGUCAAAGACCAAGGUUGAGGAAGGGAAAUCAAAGGCAGUAUCGUUCGUGGAAGCAAAGGAAGAAAGUUCAAGGAUGGAGGCAAAGUUUGAUACUAUGAUGAAUUUGUUCACUAACAAAUUCAACAGCCUAGAAAAAGAGAUGAAUAAUCUGAAAUAUGGUUACUCACAUGGUGGGGCAAGCCAUAACUCUGAAGAUUACGAUGCAAUUAGGGUUCAUGAAGAGGCGAAUUAUUUGCAAAACAAUUACCAAGGAAAUAACCAACAUGGUUGGGGUCAAAACCGCAACCAAGGGAAUUUUACCAAUGUACCCAUACAACCAACCCAAAAGUCAAACGAGGAAACCACUUUAACAUCACUUGAAGCAACAAUAAAAAACUUCACGAAUUUUCAAAAAACAACCAACCAGGAACUUUUCAGGAGACUUGAUAUCCUCAGAGCCAAUCACGAACAAGGCCUUCAUAAUCACCAAGCGUCUAUAACUGAUUUGGAAAAGAAGUUGGAUCGCAUAAGUGAAACAUCAACAGACAGACCAACUGGCUCACUACCCAGCAAUACACAACCAAAUCUGAGACCCUCAAGCUCAAAUUCAAACUCAAACCAAACAUAUAAGCCCCCUCCCACUAGAACCGAGCAUGUAAAUGCUAUUUCUACAAGGGCUGGUAACAUUUACCAAACUAACAUUGAAAGUGAAGCUCCUACCGAUUCACUGAAACUUGUAUCCGAACCUGUAGAAGAUGACUUCACCGACGAUGAAAGUGUGGCAGAAGAGAUUGAAAUGGAGCCAAAACCAACAGAAAAGAGGCCAACUCUUUCCACUAAACCAGUUAAACCACUGCUAGAGGCGUACAAACCAAAGAUUCCAUACCCACAACGAUUGAGAAAGGAGAAUAUGGUGGCAAGAUAUGGCAAAUUUCUUGAGAUGAUCAAAGCAAUUCGCAUCAAUGUGCCAUUAGUUGAUGUACUUGCAGGGAUGCUAAACUAUGCUAAGUUCAUCAAAGAAUUGUUGAACAACAAGGACAAGUUGGAGGAAGUGUCUGCAACAUUUUUUAAUGAAGAAUGCACAACCAUUUUGCAGAAUCAGAUUCCACCAAAGCUUGAUGAUCCAGGGAGUUUCAUAAUUACUUGUUCUUUUGGAAACAUAUUAACUUGUGAUGCGUUAGCGGAUUUAGGGGCUAGCAUAAACUUGAUGCCUUAUUCUUUAUAUGCUAAAUUGUCCUUAGGAGCAUUAAAACCCACGAGAAUCAGCAUUAGAUUAGCUGACCGCUCAUUUCAAUAUCCCGUUAGGCAUAGCUGA